AUGGCUGCAUCCCAAGGCAAUGACGCAUUCCGCAUUCUGAUUAUCAACCCCAACACCUCCACACAUAUGACCGAGGCCCUCAAGCCCAUCCUACAACGACUCAACUACGCCGACGUUCAAUUUGACUACUUCACCGCACCGAAUGAGACAUUUACAUUGGAUGGGCAUGUCUGCGAGCCAAUUGCCAGCAUCAACAAUGGCAAAGAAUCCGCGCAGUCGGCGUUGAAUUGCUCCUCGGUUUUGGAUAUGAUUGCGCAAUACGAUGCGUUUCUCGUCGCCUGCUACUCUGCCCACCCACUCGUGGGCAUGAUACGCCAGAAAAUCAAGGCUCUUGAAGGAUCCCCACUUUCUUCACGAACAAAGUACGUGACCGGGAUCUUCGAGGGUAGCAUCACUGCUUCUCUGUCUUUGAUCAGUGGGUUCGAUUUCGUGACAUCUGGAUCAUUGCAAAAACAGCAGAUCAGCCAGUCCUUUGGUAUUGUAACCACAGGCAGCGCUUGGAAGGAUGAACUCAAUAAGGGAGUCACCGAAAUGUUAGUAGGGGCAGGUCUCCAGUCCUCGCGAUUCGCAGGCACUGAGACUACGGGACUGUCGGCCGUCGAACUACACACUACGGCGCCGGAUGAGGUGAGACAAAGGAUCAUUGCCGCCACACAGCGUUUGCUACUAAAUGCGCCGAGUCGUGUUGGUGCAGUUUGUUUGGGCUGUGCAGGCAUGGCGGGUAUGGAGGAAGCGGUGCGGGAAGGUUGCGUUCAAGCCUAUGGACCAGACGAGGGGUCUAAGGAAUCUCUGAAGCUGACAUGUGUUCAAAAAUGCAGGGAAAUCAUCACGAUCCAAGCCGGCCAGUGCGGCAACAGCGUCGGUAGUCAGUUUUGGCAGCAGCUAUGCCAGGAGCAUGGAAUCAACCAAGAUGGAAACCUAGAGGAUUUCGCGACCGAAGGUGGCGAUCGCAAGGAUGUCUUCUUCUAUCAGAGUGACGACACCCGAUACAUCCCCCGAGCGAUUCUUCUCGACUUAGAACCUAGGGUCCUCAAUGGCAUCCAAUCCGGCCCUUACAAAAACAUCUACAACCCCGAGAACUUCUUCGUUGGAGAACAAGGCGUUGGCGCGGGAAAUAACUGGGGUUUGGGAUAUGCCGCUGGAGAAACUGUGCAAGAAGAGAUUUUCGACAUGAUUGAUCGAGAGGCGGAUGGAAGUGAUUCAUUAGAGGGUUUUAUGCUAUUACAUUCGAUAGCCGGUGGUACAGGAUCUGGUCUGGGUAGUUUUAUCCUGGAACGGAUGAAUGAUCGCUUCCCUAAAAAGCUGAUCCAGACGUACUCUGUCUUCCCGGAUCUGUAUUCGGAUAUUGUUGUCAACCCUUACAACAGUCUGCUUUCAAUGCAGCGCUUGACCCAGGAUGCUGACUCUGUGGUUGUUCUGGACAACGGUGCGCUUUCAAGAAUUGUUGCCGAUCGACUUCACGUGGAAAAGCCAUCGUUCGAUCAAACCAACCAGUUGGUCUCAACGGUCAUGUCCGCGUCUACGACCACUCUUCGAUACCCCGGUUACAUGCACAAUGACCUGGCGGGCAUCAUUGCUUCGCUGAUCCCGACGCCGCGCAGCCAUUUCCUGCUUCCAUCGUAUACACCAUUCACAGGCGACAAUGUUGAGCAAGCGAAGACAGUGCGCAAGACAACCGUGCUAGACGUGAUGCGUCGACUGCUACAGCCCAAGAACCGCAUGGUUUCGAUUACUCCGAGCAAGUCCAGCUGCUACAUCAGCAUUCUCAACAUAAUCCAGGGCGAGGCCGAUCCUACAGAUGUACACAAGUCAUUGCUCCGCAUUCGGGAACGCCGUCUCGCGUCUUUCAUCCCAUGGGGCCCUGCCAGUAUCCAAGUGGCGCUCACCAAGAAGUCGCCCUAUCUGCACCAUUCCAACCGUGUCAGCGGAUUGAUGCUGGCGAACCACACGUCAGUGGCAACAUUGUUUAAGCGGAUCAUUCAGCAAUACGAUCGCCUGCGUAAGCGCAAUGCUUUCCUGGAUCAGUAUCGAAAGUCUGCGGCAUUCUCCGAAGAGUUAACAGAGUUUGACGAGGCACGGUCUGUGGUUAUGGACUUGAUCGGCGAAUAUGAGGCAGCCGAACGCCCGGACUACUUAGAUCCCGAUGCCGGGAAAGAGAAAGAUGUUGGGGCUUGA